AGACCAAUGAACGAAGUCGUAUGCUAACGAUGAAAUAUGGUAAACAUCAAAUGAUGCUAAUUAAGAAACGAAUGAAUGUGGAAAACUGGAUUGAUGAUCAACUGAACGAGCUUUAUAAAGCUGCUACGGACAGUAUUGAUAUUGAUGUUGACGCAGUUCUCGAUCUCAAUACAGAAUCGGAAAGACGUCGUUAUGUCAUGGUGAAUAACGCAUGUCAAAUUUAUUAUAAUAAGUGUUGUAUUUUUUAG